GGCUACCAAUAACUUAGAUCGAAAAGAUUUCUUCAACUGGGGGUGUUGUUUUCUUUAUCGCAAGUAUAGCAUUUCUUUUCAAAUAAUUAUUUUUAAAUUAGGAGUACUACGGUACUGCUUUUAAUAAAUUUACGUAUAUUGUAAAAGGAUAUGAAUAGGUUUGUAUAAAAUCCUACAAAGAAUCGCAAGGAAGGACCAUUUAGAGGAGAUAAUUGUCGCCAAUUUCUAUACUACAUAGAAAAGAGAGACCCCUUCAAUAAUGACGCAGUAUCUUCCACCAAACCUGCUAGCGCUUUUUGCCGCUCGGGAUCCAAUACCGUUCAUGCCGCCUGUGGAUAAGCUGCCACAUGAGAAAAAAUCGAGAGGGUACUUGGGAAUAGGUAAUUUUUUAAAUGACUUUGAAGAUCCAAAAGACACGCCGCCUCCAAAAAAGAUGGAAACGCGUCAAGAAAGACUCGAGAGACGCCGACGUGAAAAAGCCGAACAGGUAGCGUAUAAGUUGGAGAGGGAAAUUGCUUUAUGGGACCCACAAGAAAUAAAAAAUGCGACUGAAGACCCCUUCAAAACUCUAUUCGUUGCCAGAAUCAAUUAUGACACCUCCGAGUCGAAAUUGAGAAGAGAAUUUGAAAUCUAUGGACCUAUUAAGAAAAUUGUUAUGAUUCAUGAUCCAGAGACUGGUAAGCCCAAGGGUUAUGCAUUCAUCGAGUACGAACAUGAACGUGAUAUGCAUGCUGCUUAUAAACAUGCUGAUGGUAAAAAAAUUGAUAGUAAGCGUGUGCUGGUUGAUGUAGAAAGAGCUCGUACAGUUAAAGGAUGGUUGCCUCGUCGUCUAGGUGGUGGUUUAGGUGGUACACGUCGAGGUGGUAAUGAUGUAAACAUCAAACACUCUGGUCGCGAAGACAAUGAACGCGAACGUGAGCGUUAUCGUCUUGAACGUGAACGUGAAGACCGUGAAAAUGCUCGCACUGCUGACAGAGGCCGAUUUGCGGAUGGCAUGCGAAGGAGAUCAAGGUCACGAGAUCGCGUCAGAGAGAGGGAGCGUGAACGCACGCGUCGUUCUCGCAGUCGGUCAAGGGAACGAAAGAAGCGUCGCGGCAGCCGUGACCGUGACUAUGACGACUACGAAAGACGCGACAGACGUGAAAAAGACCGGGAACGUGAUCGCAAGAAAAAACGCUCCAAAUCAAGGGAACGUGAACCGUCGCGCGAGCGACGCGAAAGAAAGCGAGAACGCCGGGAUAAAGAUCGUGAUCGUCGCGAUUCCAAGGAACGAAAACCUGAUUUCCGCGAAAUGGACGUAAUUAAAAUUAAAGAAGAACCAAUUGAUGAUGGAUAUCCUACAUAUCCUAUGUAUCCCUCCGCGCCUAUCAAACGUGAAUCAGAUGAAGAUGAAGAAAAAUUUCGACCUCAACACGAUAUGUUUAGCGUACCACCACCACCCAUACCUAUACCAGGACGUGGAAGUGGUGCUGAAAAUGGUCAAAAUCCUGGAGAUCCCCAGCAACAUUGGUGGAGGUGAAUUAAUUGAUAACUUAUCACCAUAUUAUUUGCAAGUAAAUGAACGUUAGAUCAAUUAAUAUACUUUUUGAAAAACAGCCAACAAAAAAGAAAGUUUAUUGAAAACAUGGUUCAUCACAGAUUUCCAUCUGUUCACAUUUCGUUCAUAAUUUUAUAUCUAAAUUAAAAUGUAGCUUUAGUUCUUUUCAACAGAGGUAAAUCUAGUAAAUAAAACAUUUUCUAUUUAAAACUUCCUACUGAUAUGCUUAUGCAUUAUGAUUAAGACAAUUGAAAUGUUUUACAUGCUAGCUUUCUUAAAUAACAUUUGAAAGUCUCCGUUACAUUCAACUCUAUUUUAAAUAAUUUCCGUCAACAAUUUGUUAAUAGUUUGAAUAUUUUAAGAGCUUAUAUGCAAUUAAACCAAAAUUUUCCUGUUGAAACUGGUAGACAUUAUGUAUACAUAUUGUAUGAUCUAACUAACAGCAAACAAACAAUACUAUAUAUUAAGUAAUAUCCCACAAAGAUAUUGUGUGAACAGAAUGAAACUAAACAGUAAGUAAAAAUAUAAAAAGCAACGGCGUAAGUCCUAUAGAA